AUGAGGGUGGGUGCCAUAGCCAGAAUGUGCGAUUAUGGUACCGAAAAGGAAUUUGAGGAGAUUGUCAGCACCGUAGCAGAACAGGCAAGGAACAAAGAAGUGCGAACAGCUGCGCUACGGAUGCUCAGCCGUAAGGGAACGCUAACCGAGCUAAUUGACAAAGUUCGUGAAAUUCAAGCCGUCGCCAUGAACGAGGAGUACUACCGCCUCAGACACGGAAUUGCAGAACAAGCCACAGUCGCUUCGGUAAGCGUUAGUCAAGGAAGAAGUCAGCAGCGCUUCUCACGAGCUCCAUCGAACCUUGGGCGUUUUGCAAAUCAUCAGCCUCGACGUUGGGAUGAGCUAGGUGCCAGGCGACCUGGGAUGUCCGGAUGGAAAGCUCCAGGUGGAGAACGCUGCUUCAGGUGCAACAGCAUGUUCCAUAAACCUAGCGAUUGCGUUGCGAUUGAUCAGACAUGUUUGAAAUGUGGCCGAAAAGGUCACUUCAAGCGGGCCUGCAAGACACUUAUCCGGAGUGGCAGCAAACGACAGAGCGAAUCAGAUAACUCGGGUAUCGAAUCGAAGAGAAUCGCAUUGGUGAACGAGGAAGAAAACACAAAGGAGGAAGAGCGACCGAAGGAAGCCGAUGUAGGUGACAAGAUGUAUUAA